GUGAAGAAACGGAUGACGUUGGAGGCUUGGACCCUUGACCAGACUGGACUGGACUGGACAGUACACUCCCGAGGACUCACUGAUUUCCGCAUAAAGAAUAAAUUAACAGCAUUUAUGAUUUAGAGAGAGUGAAUUUGCUUUCAAUUUAAAUUCCUAGGAUGUAUGACUGGAUUAUCAAUAACAAACAAUUUUCUUAUUCAUUGGAAUGUUAUAUGAUGCAUAAAAAAAAAACUUAGAGUGUUUCAGUUGGUAUCAGAGCAAAGAUCUUCUAAGGGAUGUGUACUACCAGUUCUAGGAAGUUCAAGAGUUGAGCCCCAAGUCUGUAUGCCUCCAAGACGAGUCUAUCAAAGGCGUAAGACAAAUGGCCGUGAUGGAGGAGAACGUGAGGAGGAGAGACGUGAUGCACCUCCCUCACCUCCGCUACCAGAUGCUGCUACCCGAAUACUGGAAGGAAUGGCUCGGCUCCUGGAACAGCAUACUGGUAACACCCAUAGGGGACGACAGGAAGACGUGUAUAUGCAGUUCAGAAGGAUGGACCCUAAGGAUUUUGCUGGCACUACCGACCCCUUUGUUGCUGAGGGGUGGAUCCGAUCUUUGGAGGUGAUAUUCCAAUACAUGGACAUGGCUGACGCUGACAGAGUUCGAUGUGCCAUAUAUCUACUGAAGGAUGAUGCUUUGUUAUGGCGGGAGGGAGCUGAAAAGGGGGUUAAUCAGAAUACCCUGACCUGGGAGGAGUUCAAGGGAAUCUUCUACGACAAGUAUUUUACCGCUGAUGUGAGAUCGAGGUUGAAGAGGGAGUUUAUGAGUCUCCGUCAGGGAGACUUGUCUGUUGCUGAAUUUGUUAAGAAAUUCGAUAGAGGAUGCCAUUUUGUGCCCCUUAUUGCAAAUGAUGCUACGGAAAUAUUAAGGCACUUUCUGGAUGGCCUCAGGCCUACUAUCCGUCGGGAUGUUCUGUUGGCCGAUCCGACUGAAUACCAAGAUGCCGUCACUAGAGCCUUCAGAGCCAAGCAGUCCUUGAGGGAUAUCGAGUGGGAAGUGCAGAAAAAGAGGCCUCCUCCACAACAGCAACAACAGCAGAAUAAGAAGUCAUAUACUGGACCACAGAAAGGGCAAGGACAGACGAAACUUCAAGGGAAAACGAAGCAACCACUGCAGGGAGCAACUGCCGUCAAGACAGAGGAAAAACCAUUGUGUAAGGAGUGCAAUCGUCAGCACUAUGGCCAGUGCCUAUGGGGCACCUACAAGUGCUUCAAAUGCGGAGGAGACGGGCACAAAGCUAAAGAAUGCCCGAAGUUGCGAGAACCGGUGACCGGACGAGCAUUUGUGAUGCAUGCCAAGGAAGCAAGACACUAUACUUUGUUAGUUAGAGCCCUAGAGCCAAUCAUUUGAUGAUUGUAUGGACUCAUGUAUAUCAUAUUCUUAUA